AUGUCAAAGAUUGACGUGCACAAUUUUCAUUCUUAUUUUCGUUUAAAAACAAAUAGAAGUGGUAUAUUGAACUGGUUUAACGUAUUUCGAAUAAUACAUUUUCUGAUAUAUCCAAUAUGUUUCUAUUCGGGUUUGUGGUUACCUCUGUUGAAAUUAGAUUUAGUUGAAACUCUUGCUUUAUCAUUUCCUGCAAUUAAUGGUUCAUCAAUGAAUUAUACGCAGUACGAGAAAGCUUAUGCAAAACGAUGUUCAUUGUCACCAACAAUUUCUGUUGAUAAAAUCAAAGGUUAUAUAUGGAUGGAAGGUUUGAACUUUUAUUUGUGCAUGUGUGGUAUGCUAUUGGCUUUUGUGGCCCAUAUUUGUCUUUAUAUAUUUAUUGGUCUUGUCAUAUCUAUACUAUGUAAUCAAUUAGUCAGUGCUUUUGCAUGUAGAUCAAUAGAUAUUCUAUAUGAUAUUCGAUUUACAUCAAUAAUUAUCGUUCAAAUAGUUGGUUUUAUUGUUUGUCUUAUCUUUGCUUUUCUUCUUGGCAUCAAAUAUGCAUCAUUAAACCUGCAACUUAACUAG